AUGCAUAUCAGUCGAGGACGUACUACAGGUACCCCAAGAAUGGCCAUGCCUCUCCUCAGCAUGGAUCUUCUCAACGCUAACGUCAAUGAAUGUGCCUCGAGCAAACGCGGUAACCACCUUCCCAUGUUUCAUUUGUUGAAAGUGGAGCGUGCGCAUCUCGCGGGAACUUAUCCUAACUUUGGAAAACAUAUGAAGCUAAAAUUGUCGGUAAUUGCUACAGGUAUGACAUCAGCUGAGGUAGACUCAGCAGUUGUGGCGAAUUCGAAAGAUAGCAUCGAGCCACAACUGCCCGAUUCCGGAAAUGCCUCAGUCAGUGGGUCGCCAGAUUGUGUUCACACAAACGGUGAAGUAGCGGAAGCCGAUGGGGCAGCUAAAGGACCACCGCAAGAAACCGUGUUCUCGUUGACCAUACAGCCGACUGUUGGCGAUUCCUUCGAUCUUCAAAUUAACAGUGCCGAGAUGGUGCAAGAGCUGCAUCAGGUGCUUUUGGAACGUGAGGCGACAUGUCAUAAGACAUGCUUCAGUCUCCAGUUGAACGGAGUCACGCUUGAUAAUUUCACAGAAAUCCGAGCUGUGCCAGGUCUCGUAGAUGGAAGUGUUCUACAUGUCGUAGAAGAGCCGUACACAAUGAGGGAAGCUCGCAUUCAUUUGCGUCAUGUGCGUGAUUUGCUGAAGAAUGGUGAUCAAGCUGAUGCCGCAUCUGCGGUCGACUUGACGUCGUUAUCAUUUCUGCCUUCGGUAAACCUCCAAGAAAGAGGAGACAAGGAAAAGCCCUUUGAUGGGCUACCACCAGACUACGUAUUGCCUGGGACCAAAGAGCGCUCCCUGGCUCCGAUGUUGACAAAUCUAAGCAAAGGAAAAGUAGCGGUCAAGAAUCUUGGAAUAUCUGCGUUUAAUCCACCUCCUGGAUACAGAAAAGUCAAAGGCGAUGUACUGUAUCUUUUUGUAGACACAGUAGAGAAGCGCCGUUUACAUAUUACAUGCUGCACAAAGGGAUUCUUCGUCAACUCAUCUUCUGAUGACGUAUUUAAUCCAGCUCCAAGUAAUCAAAAUAAAGGAAUUAGUCAUAGUUUAGUAGAUCUGCUCAAUGUUGUCAGCCCAGGAUUCAAGAAGGCAUAUCCAGUAAUUAUCAAGAAGCGUAAUGAGCGUCAUAUGCUCGACAGACUUCCUACACCAUAUCCAGUAUAUUCUUGGUUGUCGCCUGCACAAGAGGUUGUUGAGGAUUCAAUACGUGCUGAUGACGCUUCCCAACCACAUCGCGUCGGAUUUGAGGAUCACCUACCUGGUCAGAUUCGUGACUGGAACGAGGAGUUGCAGACUACGCAUGAAAUGACUCGUACGUCUCUUCCUGAAAGGUUGACCAGAGACAGAAGUGUUUUCAAAAUUCAUGGCGAUUUCAUUGGUGCCGCUAUCAAGGGCGCAAUGGCUGUUGUCGACGGAAAUGUAAUGGCGAUAAAUCCAGCUGAUGAGCCACGAACUCACAUGUUCAUAUGGAAUAAUAUAUUCUUCAGUCUUGGUUUCGAUGUCAAAGAUCAUUAUAAGGAGCUUGGUGGAGAUGCAGCAGCUUUUGCGGCAACAUCAGCUGAUCUUCAAGGAGUGAAAGCAUAUGCUGCACUUGAUAAUUGCAAACUUUGUACUCUCGGAAUGGCAAUAAUCGAUUACAGAGGCUACAGAGUCACAGCACAAAGCAUCAUCCCAGGAAUUUUAGAUAAAGAGCAGGAACAGUCUGUCGUAUAUGGUUCGAUAGACUUUGGUAAAACAGUUGUGUCGUCAGAGAAAUACCACGAGCUUCUUGAGUCAUCAGCAAAGGAGCUGAAGUUGUUGCCACAUGAGGUUGUUAUCGAUGAGAAAGGAAAUACCGCCAAAUUAUUCACCAGCUACGAAACAAAGGGUAUCAUUGGAAAUGAUGGUCGACAUUAUGUGCUCGAUCUUUUACGAACAAUGCCUUCAGAUGUGCAUUAUUUGCAAGACGCUGAGGUCACUGAAAAGUCGAAACAGCUGGGUUUCCCUCGUCCAUUCCCACACAAGCUUGCCACGCUUCGUCAAGAACUUGUUGACAUCUUCCACGAGGCUCGAUGUAUGCAGUUUAUCAAAAUGGCAGCAGCCCACGUACGGCAACAGCUGAACGCCAGCAAGGAAAGUCAGGAAUCAGUGGAUAUUGAGAACGAAGUUACAAGAGCAUUAGUUGAAGUUAGUGAAGGACGUGAUCCCCUCACCACUUGCAACAUCACAAAAGAAGCGUUGUCUAAGGCAGCUGAAGCUGUGCAUUCAUUGCGCCCAGACACAUUUGACAUUCGGUUCAAUCCCGAUUGUUUCUCUAAUACGGUGAAACAUGCACCUGGAGAAGAUCUGGAAAAGCAGAGAAGGCUUGUCAUGGAGGCAGCCGAGUUCUUGGUCACAUCUCAACUUCCGGAGUUCGUAUCGAGCUGUGUAGAUGCGUCAAUAACACCAAUAGAUGGAGAGAGCCUCUGUGAUCUGAUGCAUGCUCGUGGUAUCAAUGUCCGAUACUUGGGCGAUAUCGUGAGGAUGGUCCUUGAGACAGGAUCAUCAUCAUAUAUGGUGUCAUUAUCAGUGACGGAACUCAUCGCACGUUCCGCAAAACACGUGCUCAGACAGUAUAUGAAUACACUCCCGCAGGAGCAGCUUGGUUGCGCGAUCUCUCAUCUCCUAAAUGCAGUAUUUGGCAACCUAGCGUUUGAUCAUUCAUCCGGUAUGAAUGGUGAUAGGAACACGAAAAGAAGCAGUAAAAAGUCAAAGAAGGCUUCCGCAAGUGGCGAAUGGGUUGCGGUUAAUACAAAAGAAUUCUGGAAUAUGCUCUGUCAAGAAGCUAAGAACUACUACGCUUUUGAUCUCAAGGCUGACUGCAUUGAUUCUGUUGUGGAGCAGUAUGGUAUACAGAAAGUGUCUCUACUUCGUCGUCUAUGUAACACACUCGGAAUUCAGCUGCUCAGCAGGGAUUACCAACUGGAAGCAAAUUCAACAAGAACGCGACAGCCGUUCACUGAAGAGGAUAUUCUUAAUUUGAUACCAGUCACGAAACACAGACAGCCUUGUGCUAGUGAUGCCAAGAAAUUGUUUGCUCGCGGUCAGCAAGCUAUGCAAGUCGGACAUCUGCGCGAGGCGUACGAGUGUAUUGCUGAAUCGGUCAAUUUAAUGACAUCCGUCUAUGGUGCCAUGCAUAGUGAGCUUGCUCAAGCUCUUCGACUUCUCGCCCGCCUGUCCUACAUACUUGGCGAUCCUGCUGAAGCUGUUGCUCAACAGCAUCGCGCAGCGCUUAUGAGCGAGCGCUGCAACGGCAUCGAUCAUGCAUACACUAUCAUUGAAUAUAUUAAUCUUGCCCACUUUGCUUUCUCGAACCUCUAUAUUCCUGCAGCACUUAGACUUUUGUAUCGUGCUCGAUAUUUGUUGCUAAUUGCACACGGAGAAAAUCAUCCGUUGAUGGCUCAAAUUGAUGGAAAUAUUGGAGUUAUUCUAUUUGCCGUUCAUGAAUUUGACGCUGCAUUACGUUUUUUGCAAUCGGCGGAAGCCGCCAUGGCAGCCAACGGAGAACCCAAGCGUCUCAAGUCUGCACUAGUACAACAUAUCACCGCCCGCGCGCAUGCAUCUCGUGGAGAUUUCCGAGCAGCUCUAGCAGCUGAAAAGGAAACUUACUCGAUCUAUAAUGGACUGUUUGGACCAGAGCACGAAAAGACCAAGGAAUCAAGUGAGUACCUUAGUCAGCUGACCAUGCAGGCAGUUGCUUUCCAAAGAAAAGUUAUGGAUGCAACCAAAGGGAACAGCGUUGGUCCUUUACUCCCGACACAGCUUCCUCAGCCGUCGCUAUCCUCAAUUCUUGACGUACUGAACAUUUUAAACGGUAUCAUCAUCAUCUCAGUUGCUAACGUGCCGUCAGCCAUUGAACCGUCCGAAAAUGGAGAAACAAAAAACACUACUGAAUCUUUGGGUAUGACCGACGAAGCUCUGGAUUGAAAGCUGCCGUUUACCAAGUCCUCUGUAUUAGUUUUCCUCAUAUAUUUUUUGUUUUCUUCAGUUCUGAAUCGCUUCAGAGUUCUUCGUUUCAUAGUGAUUAGCUGCUGUUUCCUCUCAACUUCCGCUUUAUUCACAUUAGUCAUGAGAGGUCGCUUAUUGCAGUAGCAUCUGAAGCUGGUCGCAAAUCUGUAGGUUUUAGUUGCAUAGUAGUAAUCAGUAGUAAUGUAACCGUUGGUUUGCUCCAAAGAUUUGUUGAGCGUUCCAUUCAAAGGCUAGUUUCGAACGAAGGCGGAUGCCAUAUAAGGUAAGCCCGCGACGCGGCGCGCAAGUGUGGUUGGUCUUCGUGUGCAUCACGUGCGCUCCAACGGUGAUAAGUGCUCAGCCGACAUCUUGCACCGGCUUCGCCAACAUAAAUCAUCCACCUUCGUUCGGAACUAGCCUUUACCUUGUUGUUGACGUGAAGUAGGAUGGAUAUGCAUUAGUUAUGUUAAUCAUAUUUAGUAGGUAUAAUGUAGGUGAUUUAGUAGAAUAGUUUAGGUUACCAAUACUGUUAGUGUUGAUUACAAAAUAUAUUCAAAAUGUUAGAAUUAGGCCUUGUUUGUUGUUGUUAUCACAUUGGAGAGAGUAAUUAGUCAUCGUUUGUUCGAUUUUUUUGUCAUUAUUUUGCUCAGAUUUCAAAAUCUUUCCAUCCGAACUUCUCGCUGUAAGCUCACCUAUGGCAUCAUAUAUUUUGUUAUGUCCCCUUCGCGUUUGAUGAGCAUUUACACCACAUAUUCCUCGUCUCGCAGCUGUAAGAUGAAUGACUUGAGAGAUAAAUAGAUAG